AUGGCAUUCCCAGUAUCAGGGAGACCCUUGACUUCUGUCCCCUCCUCGUCUAAGGGAACACCAACUGCCUCGCCAGAAACUUCGACGAAAGCCGAAACUGGCGAGGACUCGCCUUUCGUGCCGAAUGUCUUUGAUUUCGUUACGCUUGCUGGCCGGGCCCAGCGCGCUAUCAGAUCAAGAAUUCCACCGUUGCUCCUGGGACCCCAAGCUGUUGAUAGCUCGCUACACAUUGGAGACGGAGCCUCCUUUGCAGUAUCAUGUCGAGCAAUUCCCAAGGUCGAGGCAAGAGAAUACACGACUCAAAUGGGCGGAUUAACUAUCAUCGCGAAGAGCGAUGCGCCUCAGCAACAACGCGAGUCUCUGGUCUAUAAGACAGCACGAAUCGCUUUCACAGAUCUCGGUGACCCAGUGAUUCAGGACAGGAGAGCAAUGGAUUCUGCGAUGAUGGAAAUCUAUGCCCUUGGUCAAGCUCCGCUCGUAGAGCAUCCGAAUAUUGUCGAUCUUCUUGGACUGGCUUGGGGAAGCAACCCUUUUGAACCCACACACAGAUUGCCGGUCAUUGUCCUGGAGCACGCAGAACAUGGUAGUCUGGCGGCGCUACAAGAAAAGGAGGAACUGCUACCCCAGGCUCGCCUAAGCUUGUGUCUGGAUGUCGCGCAGGGGCUCGACAUUCUGCAUCGCUGCGGCAUCAUUCAUGGAGACGUGAAAGCAGAAAAUGUCCUCGUGUUUUCGCAUCCAGAAAAAAAGUACAUUGCGAAGAUUGCUGAUUUUGGAUUUUCUGUGGUGGGAGAAGCAGCAGCCGUUGCUAUGCAUCUUGCUGGAACGCGACCAUGGAAAGCUCCAGAGACUACCGGUCCCGUGCAAAGAGAUCAGCUCAAAUUCACUGAUGUGUACUCCUAUGGCCUGUUUGUGUGGCGGACUGCUGUUGACAGCAUGAAUCCUUUCUCCUUCCUCCUUCCAGCGGGCUUGAAAGCAGAUGAGUUCAAUGCAGAAGUUGAACGCAUAAAGCAAGCCGAUGAGCUAACAAGACGAUGUUCCCCGGAGCACUGGUAUAUUUCAUACAUCAAAGCCUCUCGAAGAUGGAAGGCUGUCUCGCAAGUUCCUCUGUCAUUGGAGCAGACGACGCAGCUGCUUCAAAGAUGUUUAUCAUACAUGUCCUCUGGCUCGGCCGACUCGGACGAGAUCACUCAAAUAUUUAGGUAUACAUUUCAAGCAUUUUCGUCACAUUCUCUCCCCACGCAACAGAUUGAGACCCUUCUCUUACUGAGGGCUGCCUCCGAUCCUUUCUACGGCAAAGUGAGCGCGGUCCUGGCCCAAUGUCUUGGGAAGGAUCCGAUGUCUAGGUAUCUCGGCCGCGCGAUCGAAUUUUUACAGGGAAAGCCGGUUACAGCGUCAAUAUCAUCAAACGACGAGGAGCUCCUACUAAGGAAAAGCUUUGAUCGCUGUCUCCUUUCGUGGCAGCAGAUGAGAAACCUCGAGCCAUCUGUACAGACAUUUGUUUUUCAGAGAUUCUUAGCUCGUGUCCAGAAUGCCAGCAAAGACAAUAGAGUAAACCCACCAGAAUGCUUUAUGCUUGCCUCAUUUUACAUCAAUGGCUACGGAGCCGAUGUUAACUACGACGAGGCUGUUCGGCUAAUCCUUCAUGCUGCCAGAUGGGGUCAUGACAUUGCCAAAGCGUACGGUUACCGUAUCUGCCGCGCAAUAAAGGAAGAAUUUCUGGCUGACGAUCAGAUGAUUUCAAAUAUAUGGCAUAUGGCUCUUGAAGGCUCCCGAAUGGCUUCACAGGAUCUCGCGGACGUUGCGCCCGGGAACUAUUCUGAACUCAGAACAAUCCUGCGCGAUGGACUUGCAGGCACUGGAGCACGGUUUUUCGAGCCAGGAACUAGUCUACUCCAUGGCUUUUCUUACCGGCAGUGGAUGAACACGUUCGACGACCAGCAGGCCCUUGUCGAGAAUUUAAGUAGACUCGACAGGAUCGCUGAGUAUCGAAUCAACAAACGUGGCGACCGGAUAUUGCAUAUAGCCGCAAGCUGCGGAAAGUGCAAUGCAAUCGAGACGCUUCUUGACACGUUGUCCGCCCUCGACGUGAACCAUGUCAACGAUCAGGGAGAAACUCCGCUUCUUUGUGCCUGUAGAGCCGGUCAAACAGAGGUUGUUCACCUUCUGCUUGGCCGAGGAGCCGACGCAUCCAUUGCGACACCGAGCAAAGAAUCGCCCCUUCAUUGGCUAGUGUCAUUUGAAGACGCAGACAUCGAGAUCGUGGGCGGCACCCUUAUUGCAAGUGGCGCUGACAUCCGCUUAAGGACUACAAACAGUAUCGCUUACUCGCAGUUUCCUUCUGGAAUCGACGUGGAUCAUCAGCAACGUGGAACGCCCCUCAGCUGGGCAGUACACCAUGACCGACCAGCGAUUGUCAAGUUCUUGCUCGACCACGCUGUAUCAGCAGCUAUCUGCACAGACACGGUUGCUCCACACCCAACACCAGUGCAGUGGGCGGCCCAUUACCACCAUGUCGAAUGCUUGAAAUUUAUGAUAGAAGCUAUGCGGGAAGAGAAGCUCGAAUCCACCUACAUAACAUUCCUCGACCCUGCCACCCGGAGCGCGGAUGUGUUCUCGAUGAUGCUGCGCCAUGGCCCACAGUACAGGGUCAAGCUCAAAGAGACGUUUGACUAUCUCCUAAAAGCGACCAUUGGCGUCACUUUCAGCACGGGCGUUGGCGAGUUUGACUACACGCUGCUCUAUCUUGCCUUGUCCGAGGCACAUGAUGCAGUUGUCGAAUACCUUCUCUCGCCAGAGGUUGAGGCCAUGCUUUCCGCAGGAGCAGAACAGCACAACUCACAAUUGUCCGGCCCCACCGAUAAAUGGUCGAGGCGCUAUGGUGCAUUCAGCCGGGAGCAUAUCAACCAACCAUGUGGCGUCGACAAGCGGACGCCCAUAUUGGAAUGCGUGCGAUGGAAUCGUAAAACCAUGUUCCAGCUUCUAGUCGAGCACGGUGCGGACGUUCGCGCGAGUGCCAGGAAGCCUUUCACCAAAGACCAGAUGGAUUGGAGUGCUCUUCAUAUAUUUGCGUAUGCUGGACACAACACCGACGUUACUCUAGUCACCGAUCUUGUAGCCGCUGGUGUACCAGUGGAAGGCCGGCUCACUCCAGAUUCGAUAUCUGAGACGCCCUUACUCGUCGCCCUUGAGAACAAUGCUUUCAAUCUUGCGUCCACUCUGCUGUCUCUCGGAGCGGAUAUCAAUGCCCUCAGCGUCGGUUCAGGCUUGAUGGCACUCGAACAUCCCAACACAAUCCUCGGCCACAUCGUUGCCUCAGCUGCACAACACUCGACGCCCCGCUUGCGAUACCUCCUAUCUCAAUGCGAGGCCAGCGAGAAUCUCGACUUCACCGUCGAACCCGAGCGAAACAUCAGCGCCCUCCACCGCGCCGCCUGGGCCUACCGCGGCACGUACUCCAGAUCCCCUGACUCCAAUGACGGCCAGCCCAUCCAGCGGAGUACUACGACAUGGCCGUCAACCGCGACAUCAUCACUGCACCACGCCGUCGAGGCAGCGAACCUGGCCGCCCUCGAGUUAUUGCUCGAACGAGGCGCCCGCACGGAUAUCCGCGACGCAUUAGACCAGACUCCGUUGCAGCUGGGCGAGACAGUGGCGCUGCAUGCCGAUAUCAAAUGCGACGGGUGCGGUGUGUCUCCUCUCCGUGGUAUUCGCUGGCAUUGCCGCUCGUGUCCGGAUCACGAUGUCUGUGAUUCGUGUAAGAAGGCUGGUGCUGAUUCGUCGGAGCAUCUGUUUGAGAAGAUUGCGCUGAAGGAGACGGUGCGGCAGACUGCUGCGGCGCGCGGGGUGACGCUGCAGUCUGUUGCGCUGAAUCACAGCUAUGGCAAUGGUUAUGGGGAGGCGGAAUGCAUGGUACGUAUACUGGAUCUUCUGGAGGCGGAGGAGAGCUCGCACACUGAAGGUGUAGGUAUCGUCGAGGAGGAGCUACGGGGCCUGCGUAUUGAGUAA